GCAAGGGGCAACUUCACAGCUUGGGAAUUCUGACUGGAUGAUCAGCCUGAAUCCAACAGUGGAAAGGGCACAGAUAUAUAGGAGACAGGCAAUUCCAGGUUGUCAGGGAUCAUUGAUCAGAUAUUCAGGUGUAUAGAAAUGUGUGUAGAGAGUGCCCAGCCAACCUCAAUAUGCAAAGUUAGCAGCACAGAGGCAGAGAUCUUGAAGACUAGACUGCUCAACUUUUGACAGAAAGCACCCGUGAGCUGGGGAACCCCCCACCCCCAUUCCCAGUUGAGAGGAGCAACAGAGGAUCAGAAGAUGGAAGCCUUUUUCCAAGGGGGAGACAUCAAAAAAUGCUGGACUCUGGACAGUGGGACGUGAUGGAUUGUAAUCCACAUGAAUAUACUAAACAUGGUAAAGAAGACACCAGAGAUAACUUCAGUUGAAAUCUUUUAACUAUACAGACACAUUGAAUUGCCAAUUUUUGUGGAAAUUGCGUGGAAUAAGGGAACGAACACCUGGAGACUGGAAUUUUCAAAUCUCACAAAGGGGAAAAUCAGGUUAUAUGCAUCAAGGAUCAGCUGUUCUUCUGGGAAAUAUGAAGAAAAGUUGAUGCAAGUCAUAGUUAAAGCCUAGAUACCAUGCAAUUCUGAAUCAAGCAGAAAGAAGGCAAGAUGGGAAAAGUGCUGAAAAGCAGAAUCCCAUAAGGACACAAAUGGUUCUCCAGAGAAUAAUCUUAUCCAGAAGCAAGGGCCAAGUGACUCCUCAAUGAGUUCCAGGACUGGUCAGCCCGAUGAAAAAUAGGGUUAUGGAGCCUACAUGAUAACGUUCUGCAUUUGGCGCAGUGAUCCAACUCAUCACCCCAUCCCCGCAGAGCAACCUGGGACCAUGAGGAGCAGCCUGACCCUGGUGGGGACCCUCUGGGCCUUCCUUUCCCUUGUUACUGCUGUGGCCAGUUCUACCAGCUACUUCUUGCCUUACUGGCUCUUUGGAUCCCAGCUGGGGAAGCCAGUGUCAUUCAGCACAUUCCGGAGGUGCAACUACCCUGUGCGGGGAGAGGGGCACAGUCUGAUCAUGGUGGAAGAGUGUGGGCGCUAUGCCAGCUUCAGUGCCAUCCCAAGCCUGGCCUGGCAGAUGUGCACAGUGGUGACAGGUGCCGGCUGUGCUCUGUUGCUCCUGGUGGCACUGGCUGCUGUCCUGGGCUGCUGCAUGGAGGAGCUCAUCUCCAGAAUGAUGGGACGUUGCAUGGGAGCAGCGCAGUUUGUGGGAGGGCUGCUGAUAAGCUCAGGCUGUGCAUUAUAUCCUUUAGGAUGGAACAGCCCGGAGAUAAUGCAAACAUGUGGGAAUGUCUCCAAUCAAUUUCAGUUAGGUACCUGCCAGCUUGGCUGGGCAUAUUACUGUGCUGGAGCCGGAGCCGCUGCUGCCAUGUUGAUCUGCACCUGGCUCUCUUGCUUUGCUGGAAGAAACCCCAAACCUGUCAUGUUGGUGGAGAGUAUCAUGAGAAACACCAACUCCUACGCCAUGGAGCUUGACCAAUGCCACAAACCCUGACCUUUGGCAGAAGAUUGGAGGGGGUGGGAAGGAGCCCUGAAAAAGAGGUACUAAGAUUAAGCCAGUUGUCACCCACCUGCCAGUAGUGUAGCCUGGCGUUUGCAUGCUUUUAAACUCGCCAUUUAUUUACACUUUCCCAUAAGCCAGUGGAUCAGUGGCUAUUUACAAAAUUCAUCAAGAAAAAAUGAUUCUCUCAAAUGUUUGCUUAGCUGGUGAGUACCCACGAGCCCCCAAGUCCCGAAGUGCUCCUUUAUGCAAAAUAAGGAAAAGGUCCUCAUUUGAAAAGUAAUUGCACUAUCAAGCAGCACUACAGAGCGUUAUAGCUCCUGUCUACCACUCACUCCAAAGCUUACAGGCUUGGUAAGAAAACACACGCACAGGGAGGGCCCAGGAGGUGACAGGGCUGGUUCCUACCACUCCAUUCAUACAGCCCUCCCCUGGGUAUUUAUUACUAAACACCCAUGGAGUGCCACUGCUCCAACUUUUGUGACUUUCUCAGAACUAUACCAUUACUGUUACUGUUUUUUCCUGCUUCCUUCCUCUCCAGUUGUGGGGAAGCUUGUGGUGAGGGUGACUCCCAGUGAGGGGAUCACUAAGCAAGGAUGCUUGCAGAUAGGCCAAGACCCCUUCCUCAUUUUGCUUUAGAAUAUGUAUAAGAGUUCAUUUUGCAUUCUACCUGGGUGACUGGUGUCAAAAUAUAGUGGCAGGUAUUCCCUAAUCCCUUAUAGUGUCGGAAAUGAUAUUCAUCAAAUGUUCUGAGCAGAGGUUAGCAUUUGUUGUGCAUUCAAUAAACACAAAUUCACAAUG